AUGGCCACCGGAGAUUCACCGGCGCAACAAAGUGUUGAACCGUCGGUCACUUGGGGUAAUGAUCAGUCAACGGGUUGGCCUUCAUGGGAUGAGCCAAAUCCGUACCAGUACGAUCGCCCAACAACUGAUCGUUGUUGGGGUCCAGCUGAUGAUCAAUAUACGUACGAGCCUCAGUUUGUGGAGGAUGCUGGUAAUGUAGAUGAAGAUUAUGUUCCAUCGUCUGAAGCCGAGACUGAUACAAGCGCCUCUGAAGACUUGUCGGAGCCAGAGAACGUGAGAAGGGCGGGGAUUGAAUAUGCAGGUUGGCAGAAUUUGCAGAUCGACGAGGAUGAUGACGAACAGGUUCCUGGAGCAGAUGAACUAACUAAUUGGUUAGUUCCGGUUAUCCCGUUGGACGCCGCAGCGGCACUUGGCAAGGAAUUUUCUGUCAGCAAAUCAGACAGCAGACGAGUCUACUUCAAAUGCAAGCAUUCAGAUACGUGCCCCUUCAAGCUCCAUGCAUCGUCACAAGAUGGAGCCAUUUGGGGAGUGUAUAAGUUCACCAAUGAGCACUCAUGCGACGGUGAGCUAGGGCGCGUAGCGCGAAUAAAGGCCCCCGCAAAAGUCGUCGCAGCAUAUUUAGCACAUAAAAUACACGACGAUUGCGAGAUCUUGAAGCCGAAGGCCAUCCAGCUGGAGCUGCGACGUGAGUUUGGCGUACAGAUCAAGUACGAUGUUGCUUUGCGAGCCCGUAAUCGAGCCACUGAGAUGGUUUAUGGUCGACAUGAUCAGUCCUUCGAGAUGCUGCCCAAGUACUUAUACAUGUUGAGACAAUCCAAUCCCGUGACGAAGGACGGCAACGAGAGUUUGUUCCCACUCGCGUAUGGUGUUGGCCCGAAAGAAAACGAUGAAUCGUGGACUUAUUUCAUGUCACGCAUUCGACGUGUUUAUGGCCAAGCCGAUCCACUUUUGAUUGUCUCUGAUCAGCAUAUCUCCAUUGCCAAUGCUAUCAGGAAUGAGUUACCAAAUGCAACCCACGGCCUAUGCUACUACCAUUUGCAAAAUAACCUGAAGCAUUACGGUAAGGCAGUGGUCGAGGUGUAUCGACAAGCUGCAUUUGCGUACGAGAAGUCCGACUUCAAUAGGGCUAUGAACGCCCUGAAGUUUAUGAAGAGAGCUGCGUACGAUAAACUAAUGGGGAUUGGGCCAGAGAAGUGGGCUCGUUCGAUGUGUCCUAUGCCUGUGCGACGCUACAGUUUUAUGACAUCAAAUGCUGCUGAAGCUUUUAAUUCCAGAUUGUUGUGGGCAAGAAGACUUCCUAUAUGCUCGAUGCUAGAGGCAAUCAGAAUUUUUAUUGAGAAAUGGUUCAGCGAGCGACUAAGGGCUGCACAACAAAUCGAGCAAGGCUUGACUGCUGAGGCUGGUAAAAGGGUAGCUAUUGAAGUCCAAAAAAGUCGUCGAUACACUGCACAAAGGUUGAGUGGCAUGAAGUAUAAGGUGCAAACUGCUGACAGAAGCUUCAAGGUGGAUCUGGAGAAGAAAAAAUGCGAAUGUCGAGUAUUUCAGCUAGACCAACUGCCCUGUUCUCAUUCAAUCGCUGCAAUAAGUGAAGCCGGUGAUACGAUCGCGGAGUAUGUAGACUCGUACUACACGAAUGACUUUCUUAUCGAUACUUACUCUCGCAAAGUUAAUAAUCUCCCGCCGAGACGCCAGUGGUUGGUUCCCGAGCACAUCGCUGAGCAGGUUGUAUUACCUCUGAUUGUAAAAGGUCAAGCGGGGCGCCCAAAAGAAGGUAGACAUCGAGGUGGUGGUGAAGGCAGCAACACACAAGCAGAUGAGUCUUCUAGUAUCAGGCGUCGUAAACCAAAGAAGUGCAGCAUCUGCCAUGAAGAAGGACACAUCAAGAGAACGUGCGCUGGCAGGGCGACUGAGCCCAGGGAGUAGUGGUUUGU